GAGAGGAGGAAUUGAAUGAGAGAAGGAGGGACCUAAGAUGAGGCUCCGUGCUGGGGCCGGGUGGGAGGAGCCUGGGGGCGUGGCCCUGCACGCGGGGUGUUCAGGCCGCCGCGGGGCGAGCGCUGCUCUCCUAAAGGUGGCUUCUGCCUGGUGGCUCAUGAGGCACCGGACUCUGGCCUCUAGCCCGACUCUCUGGGCCUCCAUCCCCUGUCCACGCUCUGAGCUGCGCCUGGACCUGGUUUUAGCUUCUGGACAGUCCUUCCGGUGGAGGGAGCAUAGCCCUGCACACUGGAGUGGCGUACUGGAGAGCCGAGUAUGGACACUGACUCAAACCGAAGAGCAGCUUUUUUGCACUGUGUACCGAGAGAACGAGGGUUGGAGUGGCAGGCCGACAUUGGAGGAGCUGAAGGCCAUCCGAGAAUACUUCCAGCUGGAUGUCAGCUUGGCUCAACUGUACAGACAUUGGGGUUCUGUGGACCCCCACUUCCAAGACGUGGCUCAGAAAUUCCAAGGUGUGCGACUGCUGCGACAGGACCCCACUGAAUGCCUUUUCUCCUUCAUCUGUUCUUCCAACAACAACAUUGCCCGCAUCACUGGCAUGGUGGAAAGACUGUGUCAGUCCUUUGGACCUCGGCUCAUCCAGCUUGAUGAUGUUGUCUACCAUGGCUUCCCCAGCCUGCAGGCCUUGGCUGGGCCGGAGGUAGAAGCCCACCUCAGGAAGCUGGGCCUGGGAUACCGUGCGCGCUAUGUGUGUGCCAGUGCGCAAGCAAUCCUAGAAGAGCAAGGUGGGCUGGCCUGGCUACAGCAGCUUCGAGAGGCCCCCUAUGAGGAGGCUCACAAGGUCCUCUGUGCCCUGCCUGGGGUGGGCACCAAGGUGGCUGACUGCGUCUGCCUGAUGGCCCUGGACAAACCCCAGGCUGUGCCCGUGGAUGUCCAUAUGUGGCAGAUCGCCCAACGGGACUACAGCUGGCACCCCACCACAUCUCAGGCCAAGGGUCCAAACCCCCAAGCUAACAAGGAGCUGGGAAACUUUUUCCGGAGCCUAUGGGGACCUUAUGCGGGCUGGGCGCAAGCAGUGACCCCUCCCCCGCACAGGUGCUGUUCAGUGCCGACUUGCGCCAGCCCACCCACCGUGCCCAAGGGCCACCAGCAAAGCGCCAGAAAGCAUCCAAAGGGCCAGAAGUUUAAAUGGGACACGAGAGAAAGGAAUUCUCCAACACUUCCACACCUCUGCUUCUUUCUCCCAUCCACACCUCUUGUCUCCUGUUGGGGAGGGAUCGCUGCAGCUACCUCAGGGUGA